AUGAGGAAGAGCAUUGAUGCUGAGUCAUACACUAUCCACCUCUCUGCUCAUGAAAAUGGGAAAAAUUCUGAAAAAGAAUGCAGUUACUAUAUGUGGAGGCAAAAGUUUCCGGUGAAACAUGAGAACCGUGUGGAAAGGAGAAGUGAAGUUGAGGAUUGGGUGAUAACUUUGGCGUUUCCAUUUGGAGAGCGUCUUGGCCGUGGAAAUAGCUCUCCUGGUAUCUACGCAUUCCUUCCCACCGAGAUGGUGACAAACUUUCCUUUCACAAUUCAAGCAGAUUUCAUCCUAUCAUCGUCCAGGGAAACUAUACUACUUGAUGAUAUAUGGAACCAAGGGAUUCUCAACUCUGUUCCGUUGGCUUUUGUGAAUGCAUUCACCACCUUGCAAUCUACUUACGCAAAGCUAAAUCUUGUUCGAGAAUCUGUGAGGACUAGGAUUUCUGCAGAGGAAAUUGUGCCAAGCGUCUCACAUUUGGGCCAGAAGUUCUUCCACAGGCCUUGUGAAGUUGGUCGUCUCAUUCCUGCUUUCAGGGUACACUUUGCAGAGAAGGCGCGAGCUUGCAGAACAUUUCGUCUCACGAAAGUCAGUGACGAAUGGUAUGCAAAGUGCAUUCAGGGCUGUGAUCUUGUGACAAGUGUAUCAGAAAAUACGUAUGUGGAGGUUCUUCUUUUCAUAGCUGAGAAUUGGAAGUCCAGUUCCGCUUAUGGGAAAAAGAUUGAGGAGUAUGAAAAAGAGUUGAAAACUGCUGGUGUUAUGUCUGAGUUCAGUCAAGCCUGUGAAUUCGCUGCUAGCCACCUUAUGAGUUUAGCGAAGACCUCGUCAUUGUCAAGAGCCAAUGUAUUCUCGAUUCUGAAAUUCAUCAGGCACUUGAAAAACAAGUUCCUCUCACCAAAGGAUUUCAUCAAAGCCGUUAAAUAUCAUCCAGAUGGAGCUGUUCUGUUCAGCCAAGACUGGAGAGCUGCGUCGCUGAUCAGUGAUAUUCCAUUCAUUGAUUGGGAUAUCUAUGGUGAAGUUAACAUCAACGGUUUCAAGGAAGAGCUUGAGUCGCUAGACGUUGUAGUUCAGUUUCCUGACUACAGCCUCAUUGUUUCACACUCUAAUCCUUCGAAGCUGAAUUAUCCUACAAAGUUCUUAGUACUUGAUUGCGUGCGUCAUCUAAGUCCUCCAAAGUUGAUUAAUUGCACUGAAAAUAUCUCAAUGCUUCAAGACGAAAAACGGCUACAAAUCCCCUGCUGA